UAGUGCCAUCAAUAACACUAAAAAAACACUACACCAUAUAUUCCCACCCACAUCACCCCGUUUGGCUGAUAGGAAAAUCAUGGGAUGAGUGAAACUUGAACUCCUCCCUAGGCUUCCAAUUUUUCAGGGUUCAUAUAAGCAAAUCCAUGCUAUACCCCUCUGUCGUGUAUAUAUAUUUUUCGUCUUCCACCUCUUUUUCACCUUCCAAACCCAUAAUUUAUAUGGUCUAAAUUUGUACUUUGAUGGCAAUCUGGUUCAAAAGAUCAACCACCAUUUCUCAUCAUUACCUGAAGAAAAGGAUAAGUUUCUGGGAAAAUCUAGGCCAUAGCUUUCAUACCAAUAUCUAUUCACCAACAAACUCAAUUGGUGAGAAUUGUAGAGACUCAACUCCAUUUUUCUGUGAAUCAAAAGCCCUUUUCGGCUCCCGGCGUUUCAAAUCCAUCAAAACUGGCAGGGAAGAAGAUUUGCGGCAAGAUAUUAAUGGUGAUCACCAGAAUCAGCAGGGGCAGGACUUUCCUGGUGGAAGAAUAAGAUUUACUUCAGCAAUGAAUUUUAAUUCUGAGUUUCCAAUGAAGAGGAUACCUUGUUAUCGAGUUCUUGAUGACAAUGGCCAUCCCAUAAUGAACAGCGGCUUUCGACAGGUGAGCAAGGAUGAUGCAUUGAAGAUGUAUAGUAGUAUGGUUACCCUUCAAACUAUGGACAACAUCUUCUAUGAAGCACAAAGGCAAGGAAGAAUUUCCUUCUAUCUCACCUCAUAUGGAGAAGAGGCUAUCAACAUUGCAUCGGCUGCUGCACUCACCCAAGACGAUAUUGUCUUGCCUCAGUACAGGGAACAUGGUGUUCUGUUGUGGCGUGGUUUCACCUUGCAAGAAUUUGCCAACCAAUGUUUUGGGAACAAGGCUGAUUAUGGGAAAGGAAGGCAAAUGCCAAUUCAUUAUGGAUCCAGUGUGCUCAAUUACUUCAAUGUUUCAUCACCUAUCGCUACUCAGCUUCCUCAAGCCGUGGGUGCUGCUUAUUCUCUCAAAAUGGAUAGAAAGAAUGCAUGUGCCGUCACUUAUUUUGGGGAUGGUGGCAGCAGUGAGGGAGAUUUCCAUGCUGGUUUAAAUUUUGCAGCAGUUACGGAAGCCCCAGUCAUUUUCAUUUGCCGCAACAAUGGAUGGGCCAUCAGCACCCCUAUAUCAGAGCAGUUUCGAAGUGAUGGGGUGGUUGUAAAAGGUCAAGCUUAUGGAAUCCCAAGUAUUCGGGUUGAUGGAAAUGAUGCUCUUGCUGUCUAUUGUGCGACUCGUGCAGCACGUGAAAUGUCUAUUAAUGAACAGAAGCCAAUCUUACUUGAGGCGAUUACAUAUCGAGUUGGACACCAUUCUACAUCUGAUGAUUCCACAAAGUAUCGUCCAGCAGAUGAGAUUGAACACUGGAAAACAGCUCGGAAUCCUAUUGCUAGAUUUAGAAAAUGGGUCAAUAGAAAUGGCUGGUGGAGUGAUGAUGACGAAUCCAAGCUUCGUGCCAACGUGAGGCAGCAGCUAAUGGAUGCGAUUCAAGUGGCAGAGAAAACAGAGAAACCUCCAAUUUCAGACUUGUUUGCAGAUGUCUAUGAAAAUUUGCCCUCAAACCUACGUGAACAAGAAGAAUUACUUAGAGAAACUGUUAAAAGAUACCCUCAAGAUUACCCCUCUGAUGUUCCUGUUUGAGAGUAUACUUAUAUUUGACCCUGUCAUUUAUAACAUUUGUGAUAAAUUGCAUACAUAAGACCAUAUGCCGUUCUGUCUCACUCAACAAUGUUCAUCAAAUCACUGUUUACUCA